AUCUCCAACCUUUUUUCAUUUAGAAGACAUUUGAAUAGGCAUAUCCUUGUGUUGCUCCUCUCCGACUUUAGCCAGCUGUCAGCUUCCUUCAGCCUGACGUCUUUUGUUUUUGUCAAUUAUUAGUCAGAUUUUGAGGUACGGUAUUAAUUCCUCAAAAUGCCCAAAGGAGGUAGGAAGGGUGGCCACAAGGGUCGCAUGCGGACCUACACAAGUCCGGAGGAGAUCGACGCCCAGAUGGAAGCAGAGAAGGAGAGGAAGACGAAUGAGGAGGAGGGUGCCACUCAAAAUGACGUUGCGGAGAAGUUACAAGCAUCAGCAUCGGAUGAUAGUGAAGAUGAAGGUUCACAGAGGAAGAGAGUCGGUGUGGAGGGCUUGAUAGAAAUUGAGAACCCCAACAGAAUUGUUCAGAAGUCCAAGAAGGUGACACACAUUGAGUUGGAUGAGCCCAAGCAAUUGUCAAGGAGAGAAAGAGAGGAAAUUGAGAAGCAGAAAGCAAAGGAGCGCUACAUGAAGAUGCAUCUCGCAGGAAAGACAGACCAGGCCAAAGCUGACCUCGCACGCCUCGCCAUCAUCAAGAAGCAGAGGGAGGAAGCGGCGAGAAAGAAAGAGGAAGAGAAAAAAGCUCAGCACUGUGAAACAACAACCAUGUCUUUAACAAAUGGCGGCCAUGUCACCAAGGAAACCUGGGACUCGCACAACAAGAUGAUGUUGGAACCUCUGGCUGUCAACGACGCCGAGGUGUUCUCCAUCAUUAAAAAGGAGAAGCACAGACAGACCUACGGCCUGGAGCUGAUUGCGUCAGAGAACUUCACCAGCAGAGCAGUUCUCGAGGCUCUCGGCUCUUGUAUGAACAACAAAUACUCUGAAGGAUAUCCUGGUCAGAGGUACUAUGGCGGAACUGAGCAUAUUGAUGAGCUGGAGAGACUCUGCCAGAAGAGGGCGCUAGAGGCCUACAGCCUGGACUCGGAUAAAUGGGGCGUGAACGUGCAGCCAUAUUCAGGUUCUCCUGCCAACUUUGCUGUUUACACCGCCAUUGUGGAACCGCAUGGGAGAAUCAUGGGACUGGACCUUCCCGACGGAGGUCACCUGACACACGGCUUCAUGACCGAAAAGAAAAAAAUCUCUGCAACGUCCAUCUUCUUUGAAUCCAUGCCGUACAAGGUGAAUCCCGAAACGGGUUACAUCGACUACGAUCGGCUGCAAGAAAAUGCUCGCCUUUUCCAUCCCAAGCUCAUCAUUGCAGGAACGAGCUGCUACUCCCGUAACAUCGACUACGCCCGCAUGAGGCAGAUCGCCAACGAGAAUGGCGCAUAUCUGAUGGGAGACAUGGCGCACAUCAGUGGACUAGUGGCAGCCGGAGUCGUGCCUUCACCCUUUGACUACUGUGACAUUGUUUCCACGACGACGCACAAGACCCUGCGCGGCUGCAGAGCUGGACUGAUUUUCUUCAGGAAAGGUGUGCGCAGUGUGGACGCCAAAGGGAAGGAGACGAUCUACAAUCUUGAGUCUUUAAUCAAUCAGGCUGUCUUUCCGGGGCUGCAGGGCGGCCCACACAACCACGCCAUUGCAGGUGUUGCCGUAGCACUCAAACAAGCCAUGACACCAGAGUUCAAGGCUUACCAGAAGCAGGUUCUUGUCAACUGCAAAGCUCUCUCCACCGCCCUCAUUGAACAUGGCUACAAGAUUGUCACUGGCGGUUCUGACAAUCAUCUGAUACUGUUGGACCUGCGCAGCAAAGGAACUGAUGGAGGACGGGCUGAGAAGGUUCUGGAAGCAUGUGCCAUUGCCUGUAAUAAGAACACCUGUCCAGGGGACAAAAGUGCUUUGCGCCCCAGUGGGCUGAGAUUUGGCUCCCCAGCGCUGACCUCCAGAGGCCUUGUGGAAGAUGAUUUCAGGAAGGUGGCAGAUUUCCUCCACAGAGGCAUUGAGCUGACCUUGGAGGUGCAGAGAAGUCUGGAUCCCAAGGCCGCUCUGAAGGAGUUCAUCCAGGCAUUGGCCACCGAAGAAAAGUUUCAGCAGCGUGUGAAGGAGAUCAGGGCAGAGGUUGAAGCGUUCGCUGGUCAUUUUGCCAUGCCUGGCCUCCCCGAGCUGUAAAUCACGAUGGCUCAACUGAUGGUUGUUGUUGGAUUGUUAAUUAUGGAAACUAUUGCACACAAUUUUGGAGGUGUGAAUUUGGGUGUGUAUAUUUGAUCCGGUUAAAAAAAAUUCAAGAGCCACUGUCUGAAAUAUUUUAGCUGUGUCCCUGUCACAGCUUAGCAAAGUUAACCAAAAGACUCGACACACAGGGAAGAUUGUCUUUGCAGUCGGCGGAAGCACGAUUUCCCAGAGCGAACGACGGCAGUUGCUCCUCAAUCACACUUAAAGUUCCUCGUGCUCCUCGUCGGACUGUUAUUGUUUACAUGUGCAAAAUACAGGAGAAACUCUUUGACUUCAUCAGAAAGCUGUAAAGAAGCCUGAAAAUGGCCCUGUCAAACAUGUCAGACAGCGGCACUUGAGGACCGAGUUUGGACACUCCUGGGUUAGAACCUUGUUUGCCAACAAAAUAAAUGUGCCUGAGGUGCAAAAAGAAAAGAAAGCCUGUGUCUGACUUGGCUGACUCUGUGCCAUUGUCAUUAAUUACAAUUCCAGGAAUUACAAUUUGUUAGCACAAAAUGUGUAAUUAUUUUGCUGUUCUGUUAUUUCAAGGUCCACUACUUCAUGACCUGUGUCAGCAUUUGUGCUCGCAAGGUUGAGUCUUUUCUUUUUUUUUUCUUUUUUUUUUUAAAGCCGGCUUUCAAAAAAGUGAUGUGCCUGUGAUUGACGUUUAGUUUGUUUUACAGUCAAAAUAUAUGAAAGUCCUGUAAAAGUUAGAAAGUACACAAAUAAAUGCUCCCAAAUUAA